UAUGAAGUUCAUAAGGCACUUGGAUAUUUUAUGGGAAUAUAAUCAGUGUGUUCAUGGAAUGUAAUCAAGUAAUUAGCAGAAGUAUCACUAUAAGCCUCUAUAGACUUUUUUCCCCACCAGUUGUUACAGAUGUUAGUGAUCUGCACAUCACAAAAUUUUGAUCUUCACAUAAGUUAGAUUGUGUAGGUCUACAAAUUGAAGUUUUUAGUGGUAGUUUUGUUACUGAUUUUGGAUUGUAGCUGAUUGCUUGCAUUUUUAUUUAAUGUAUAUGCCAAGGUAGUGAUUUAAUGAUGUUUUUAAAACUUGUAUAUUUCAAAAGUUUAUUUUAAACUGCAUUGGUCAUAACAACAAUGAAAAUUCAUUAUGAUUUUCAAUCUCUGAGUUGUGUAUUUGUAUAUAUGUAUGUAUGUUUAUAUUUCAUAAUGUAGAGUCAAAAUGAUAGUUCUGACAGCAAAAGAUAGGGUGGUUUGUCAAUUCAUUCGUACAUAUUGUUGUCCUAUAUUAAAUGUAUUUCUUUGAAAGGAUGAGGUUUUCUGUACGCAUUGUUUGACUACAGACUCUGGAGACAUUUAGCUAUGAUAGGUUUACUGUCCUGUUUGUGACUUUGGUUGGUACCCGUUAAGUAUGUUUUAUGUUUUCAAAGCAAAAUAUCGUGCCUCACUUUGGAUGUCAGUCUCUAAUAUUAGUGUUUUCUGAGUGCUGUUACUUAACUUACUCCAGUUUAUUUAAAAUGGUGACAGCUGGACAUCGAGUUUUGUGGAAUUUUACUCAUUGUUGUGAAUUAAAUAAUCAAGACCAGUGGCUCUCAUACUGGGAUAUGCAUGCUACCAGUGAUACUUGAAAUUCCCUGAGGUCAUAUUACAAAAAUAUUGUGAUUAUUUGUUGUGUGCGCUGGGAAAAAAAAACAAAAACCAGGAAUUGAACAUUUGAAUUUCUUAAUUUAAAAAUAUAUUUUCUUAAUAGUUUUCACGAUGUUUAAGACAGUCAUAACAGAGAAUAUGGGAACUAAUUUGGGGCAGGUUAGCAUCGCCUGCGCUUUACUGUAUGCGGCAGUUCUUGAGUCUGAGAGGGAUUAUUCUUUGGUCACCUGCAGUCGCUGAGACAAUAGCUCAUCACCGGCAAUGGUGAUACAAAGAGCACAACAAGUGUUAGCAAGUGUCGGAAAAGCCACAAAACAGCGGUAUGGUCCCAGUUACCUAAGUUUGGGAUUUACUUACAUUCAAACAGAGGAAGACCAAGGCUUACUACACUUAUCCCUGACAUUUAUAAUCUUUGCCAUGCCAAGUAGGCUCACCCCUAUCACUGAAAUGGUAAGUGCUGUUGUUUUUCGUGUAUGCUUGUGUGUGUGUGUGUGUGUUUACACGCACGUGCAUUCAGGAUACUGAGUACAUUUUUUUUUUUCCCCACACGUGUGGUAUUUGACUACUUUGCGUUGGUCUGAAGUGGUAUGUAAGACAGAAAGUCUGAGAACCACUGAUCACUGAUCAGGUUUAUUUAGGGAUUGAAACCGGGAUUCAUUUAAAAGCCGGGUCUCAUAGUGGCCGGGGGCAUGGUCGACAUGAACAAAUAAAGGCGGGGUCCUAAAUAUAGGGUUAGGGGAAAAAACAAGGGUGGAUAAAUUACUGGGGGCUCAUCUAUAAAGGCUUUGUACAAACAGAAUGCAUGAGAAACAUUCAUUCAUUCAUUUAUACAAAGAAUUUGGGACUUAAAACAAAACACCAUAAGCAAAACAUACCCUGAGAAAGAUUUUCGAAUGGUACAGAGCAGUUGUAUGAACAUUUUGAAGGAAACCAAAAAAAAAGCAACAUCCCAAGUUCUGAAAGAAUUGUGUAUCUAAGUUCCAUUUACUCUUUUAGCACCUGGUGAAAUGCAUAUUAAUAAAUGACGAACAAAUCUCAUAUCUGAUAGACAACUACGAUUUAGCAUUUGUUUUGUUGUUUUAAAUGAAUUACUAUAUACACCAAUAUAUUUAGUUGAAUUUCAGUUAGAGGUUGCGUACUGCAAAACAAGGUAAGCUUUGAUGUUUAUAUUUAGCAAACAUCCUUGUUUUUCAGUUGAGAUUUUGCUUGCAGCUAAAUAUUAUUAGAUAUUUGACUCUGCUGUAAAAAAGGAAGGUCUAUUUAAUGUUAAUAUUUGGAGUAACGCAUAUUUUGUUUUUAUGUUGUGACAUCUGAGUGUAUUUACAGAAAACUCCUGUAUUGUACAUGACCGGUCAUACUAUGAUUUACAUCACAUUGAUGAAAAUGUAACUUUUAAGAAUAAAUUUUUAGAAAUGAAUUACUGGUACUGUUAGCCAGCUCUUGUGAUUUUGAUUGCCUUGCAGUACCGUAAUCUACUGAUUUAUAGUUUGUUGUAAGAGAAUAUUUCCAAUAUCAACCAAUAUUUGGAUAUAGGCUAUACGGUGGUUUUACUAAUUUUACAAUUAUGUGCCUCAAAACAUUUUUCUCAUGGAUGAAACUGGAUAUUAGGAAAAGUUAGCCUCGCACCACUGGAUAAGUUAUGGAAACCUGGACAUGUAAAACCCUGAUUUGGGUUUUCUCAUACCCUGAGUGAACUGAUUCUGAAUUUGCACAUUGAUUAGUGGAAUGCUGAAAGGUAAAUAAGUAUUUACCUUUAAUUGUUAGUAGAUUGGUUAACUACGCUUCCCAUACACCCUAGGAAUUGUCUUCUCGUUUCUCUAGUGCUCAACCUCCACACUGAUAAACUCUUCUGGAGUUUACAGUAGGAAACAUUAUAAUUUAUUUUUCUUUAAAUACCAUCCUACACUGUAUAUACCAAGGUGAAAUAUCUAGAAUAUAUGACAGUAUGAAAAAAUCAGUAUCACCUAAAUCUUGCUGUAGGGUUGAGCCCUGUGCUGCCUGGGAUUUACUCCCCCCCCCGACCAGUAUAAGCAAUUAGAAGAUGGGUGGAUGGAUGGAUAGUUUAUUCAUUUUUGUUCCCUGUUUUCCUCAUUUUUAACUGGUUGUAGUUUCUUUUGUUGUAAUCUUUUGUGGAGUGUCUGUUAAUGAAUCUUCUUUAUGAGUAUAUGUGUAUCAUUAAGACAAAUGAUUCUAUUAUUUUUGCAGUAAUUGGUAUUCUUGAUUAACUGUGGAAAAGCCCUGUUACUUACUAGGUGUAUAACUUUCCAAGUUUACAGAAUAUUCUAAAAACUAGCUGUAGGGUAAUUUUACUUGGGUUAGUGGAAUUAAAUUGGAAUGUUAUAUGAUCCAGUCAGAAAAGUUUUCAGAGCCCUCUCAUCUUGUCAUUUUAAGUCCUUUUGACUAACCAUUAAUGUUUAGCUACCUGGUAAGUAAAGUUGGUCAUAAUCAUGCAUGAGUUAAAUAGGCAUUUUGUUUAAAGUUCUUUAUCUGCUUUAGUUUUAGUGAGGUGAUUUUGAAUUCUAGUAGGUGAGGAUUGAAUGGAUAUAAAAAUGCUGACAAAAUGUUUCACCCAAACUUUUUCGGGUGAGCCAGUAAAGUAAUUUUUUUAUAACAGUAAAUCGUUGGGCACGUGUAGUAAGAGAAAUAAUGCGUUGCUUUGAAUUACAAUGGACCUGAUGCAGUUUUUCUUAAUCCUCCACUAUCAAGAAAAAGAAUAAGGAAGCUAUCCAUAGUGGAUCUUUUUGUUUUUGUAUAGGAUCUCAGAUGAGGAUAUUUUCUGUAAAGUGGUGACAUGCAGUAUUUGCUGUUUUCAUGUGAAAUGCAUCCACCAUCCAGCAUAAGGUUUGAGGAGCCCUGGAGCAUAUAGGACUCAAGACAAGAGUAUAGCCUGGACAGGAUGAUAGUCCAUCACACACUCAUGCAUACUCAUACAUUCACUCCCUACGGGCAAUUUAGAUGUGCCACUUCACCAUACUGCAUUUCUUUGGCUUAUGGAAAUCUUCAGGACAUGCAAAGAACAUAGAAACUCCACACACAUGCAGUGGGGGUGGGAUUUUAACCCCCAACCCUGGAGGGGUGAGGUAAGAGUUCUAUUCGCCAGGCUUCCCUGAAAUUACAAUAGGUUAAUUUGUAAAAUCUAUAAAUAUAUAAUGUAUGAAAUUCCAUAUUUGGGUAUGCAUGGUAUGUGUAUAAACAAAAUGCAAAAUUUUUUUGCAAUUCAUUUAUUGACUAUAUAGUUAACUGGCUUUCAGCUCCACAGGCAUUUUGCCCUGGUUAUAAGUUAUUACUCUUGAUGGUCUUUCAUUCGCAGUAGUGUAAAAAUCUUUGCACUUAGUGGUUGGGGUAAAAAGAUCAUUUAAAUGCAAUCCUUUCUUUGUUUGUCUUGUUAAUGGGAAAUGGACCUUAUUGUUAAAGUAUGUUACUGGGUCAUUUAGUCUGCAGUACUAUUGUUUACCAACACUGUUGUUUUGUCUUUCGAAAUUUGUUUGCUGUUUUAUAGCUGCCUUUCCUUUGGUUUUGCCCAUCUUGGUGGAUGAAAAAUAGAGGGAGAUUUCGUGUCAGUGGCUUGGUUUUUAGUACUGUGACAUCAAGACCCUCCGGCUUUCAGAUAAACCUGUCUGGAGUACCCCAAAGUAAACGUAAAGCACUGAAGCUAAAUUUUGCUAAUCCACCUAUUAAACCGACAACCAGAAUCCACACAACUGGGCCUCCUUUUCAGAACCCACACAUACACAACAGUAGGAGCGAUAGGAGCAAGCCACUCAGAACUUCUAUUACCUCAUCACUUGAAAGGCUGCGAACGCACAGUAUCGAGUCAUCAGGAAAGCUUAAGAUAUCCCCGGAACAGCAUUGUGACUUUACUGCUGAGGACCUCAAAGACCUUGGUGAAAUUGGGAGAGGUGCCUAUGGAUCAGUCAACAAGAUGGUGCACAAGCCAAGUGGCCAAAUCAUGGCAGUGAAGAGAAUUCGGUCAACAGUUGAUGAAAAGGAACAGAAGCAGCUUCUAAUGGACUUGGACGUAGUGAUGAGAAGUAGUGACUGUCCCUUUAUUGUUCAGUUUUACGGGGCUCUUUUCAGAGAGGGUGACUGUUGGAUAUGUAUGGAACUCAUGUCUACCUCAUUUGACAAAUUCUACAAAUAUGUGUAUUCUUCAUUAGACGAUGUGAUUCCUGAGGAAAUAUUAGGCAAAAUAACAUUAGCUACUGUGAAAGCACUUAACCACUUAAAAGAGAACUUGAAAAUAAUUCACAGGGAUAUAAAGCCUUCCAACAUCCUUCUAGACAGGAAUGGCAACAUCAAACUCUGUGAUUUUGGUAUCAGUGGACAGCUUGUUGACUCCAUCGCAAAAACCAGAGAUGCGGGAUGUAGACCUUACAUGGCGCCGGAAAGAAUAGACCCUAGUGCUUCCAGGCAGGGGUACGAUGUUCGUUCAGAUGUCUGGAGUUUGGGGAUCACACUGUAUGAGCUGGCCACUGGUCGAUUUCCUUACCCAAAGUGGAAUAGUGUUUUUGAUCAGUUGACCCAAGUUGUAAAGGGAGAUCCUCCACAGCUGAGCAACUCUGAGGAAAGGCAGUUUUCCCCCAAGUUUAUCAACUUUGUCAAUCUGUGCCUUACAAAAGACGAAUCAAAAAGGCCAAAGUAUAGAGAGCUUCUGAAGCAUCCGUUCAUCUUGAUGUAUGAAGAGCGGACUGUGGAAGUUGCCAGUUACGUGUGUAGGAUCCUUGAUCAGAUGCCUGCCUCUCCCACCUCUCCCAUGUAUGUGGACUGAUCGCUAAAGGUGCAGGCAUAGGCUUUAGAUAUAAACAGAUAUAGGUGUAAAGAUUUGUGUUAAUCACACACUAAAGUGUUGAAAAGAGAUGGGGGGGGGGGGGAAUCCCAAUCCCAGAAUGCCAUGUGCAAUAAUGUCAUUUCAACCAUUCUGUACUAUAUCAACAUUUCCACGCAGAUGCUUGGAUACAAACAUGCUAAUUGUCUUCGUGUGCAACGUCGGGGCUUAUUACAGUCAUCACGGUUAGAGUGUGUGCAUUCGGGUAGAAAAUGAUUUGGAAAUUGAAUUUUGAAAGGGAAAUGUCCAUUUCCAAAUGGUCCAAGUCCAUUUCUCCCAAUCAUGUUACAUUACAGUAGGUGACGUCAUCACACCCACCACCCAAUGGAUCUGCAGAUGUUAGAAAGAGUAAAGAAAGAUGUAAUUGAAAAAGCUUCAGAAAUGUUGAUGGAAUGGGACUAUCAUCUCUUUUAUUUAGAUAUUUUUUAAGGGAAAAUAAAUGUAAAAAUAUAAAUUUUAAAGUGAAAUAUAUAUGUUAACAAAUUAAAAAAUUUACCCAAAAAAGGUUGGAAAUGAGAUUUAGGGAGAAUGCAACAUACAUGUAGAAAAGUACAAUGUGUGUGCUCCUCUGUGCUCUUCUAUUAGCAAUAUAGCAGUACGGAAACACAAAUGUGCACACGUAGUCUCACAGGCAAAGGAAAGGACAACUCUACACUUCUGUAAAUAAGUUCGUAUGCAAAAAUGUUGUCCUAUUAAAACAUGACCUGUAUAUUGUGGCUUUAUUUUCUUUAUAUGCAAAACAUCUUUUGUGUAAUUCAUUUUAAAGCAUCCAAAUCCUUUUUAGCUGCACAGUUUACACGGGGUGUUCAGACAGUAGGACAUGACAGCAGUGUGUCUGUGUGCGUGUGCGUACCUUUUGUUUUUGAAGUUGCCUCUUUUAUGUUUAAGCGGUCUUUUAAUUGUAGGUCCAGGUUGAUUCCUUUUUUUCUUGGUCACAUCUUCUACAAUGCACUUGGCAUGUUUUUUGAGUAACCCACUUGUAGUAUCACUGUAUACAAAAUUAAUUUGUUCUUCUGAAACGUCGUCAACAUUGUUUCCAUGUAUACUACAGCACUUCAAUGUUAUAUCUGAAAGGGAAAUGUCAACCAUUUAUCUAAGUAUAAUCAUAUAUAUUAAGAUGAGAGAUUGCACUUAGAGAAACCAUGAAAUCAUUUGGUGCCAUGCAUUAAAAUAUUUUUUCCUGGCAAAGAACUAAUUUCAAAGAUUCAAACUACUGUUUACUGCUGAACCCAAGUUAUGAUACAUUUUAGCUGUUUUGUUUUACAUAUUUGAAAAAAAUGGUGACCUGCACAGUAUUCUUUAAUCAUGUUUUUAAAGUUGUCAGACUUUACAUCCAGAAGUCAUGGACAAGAAUGCUGUAAAAUUUAAAUUUGUGUGACUUGGCUGUAAAAAUUGUCAUGCUAGAACUAUCCCCCUGUCUAAUACGUUUCCUUUGCAGUCAUGGAAUUCAAACACAAGUGGAAAUCGUCUUAUGGUAUACAGACUUUCUUAUGGAGUAAAAUUAGUGUAGACACGUCAGUUUAUUAGAAUGUUAAUAUUUGAUUAUAAAAUAUUAAGGGUGAUGAGUAUUACAGUGUAUCUUUUAAGAAUAUAAAGUAUGUAUGAUGUUCACACAACUGUGAAAAUAUUAUAACUGUAUGUUGUGAACUUGUUCUUUUUUCCUGUACAAUAGAAAAUGUAUUAAAAAAAUGACGUGCAGGGAUAUUGCCUUAUGUCUGUGAACGGGAGCUCGGGUAAUGUAACACCUGCUUUCAGCAAGCUCCCUGCUUCCUGCCUAUUUUAUCCUAUUUACUUCACAUAUUUAAGAAAUUAUCAAUGGAAUAUUAAGUGUUCAUGUAGUAAUGAUAUGAUCUAGUAUCUGCCUGCAGGUCAGUUGUAAUAAAAUUAGGACGUGACUAUGA